CCGUAUUGAAACGUACAAACAUUUAAAUUUUAUUAUUGUAUACGAAAGAUUGAUGUUCUACAUUUAAUUAAUGCAUUUUACUUUAAAAAUAAAAUAUAAAUCAUAAUGAAAAAUUGUAAGUGGUUGAAUUUUAUUGGGAAUCAAAUAAAAUUUUAAAUUAGGUAAAACGAAAACUCAAAAAUAAUACACAAAAAUAAAUAUCUAAUUUUUCUUAAUACGUAUGAAAAAACCUUAAACAUCGAACAUUUCUAUCCAGAUGGAGUAUACUGGAAUUUUAUCCACUACAAAAUUACAUAAAGGUUCUUGAGACUGCAAGCCUUAGAUCUUUCAGCUUGGACUUGUCAAAGCCUGAUGGUGGACAUCAGUUUAGAAUUUUUUUUUUAACUUCUAUAUUGAAAUGUAUAUGCAUAUACAAUGGUAGUAUGUACGUGUAGUUGUUAUAAGUUGAAGGGUUCAAGGCUUCAAGCUUUUCUUUUGCAAUACCUUUUAAUCUUAUUAUGAAUGUAUAUACGAGCAUAUAUAUAAGAUGUUUCAUCAAAUAUGAUGCAGCUUUAAGAUAUGUUAAAUUAAAUACAUGCUAGUAUAUACAUUCAUAAGAUUGAAAGCUAUACAUGCAUUUUUCAGUUAAAAACCAGACAUCUGUAAAUCAUCCAGUUGGAAAAUAUAGUAUAAGGUCAAAUAGUAGAGUAAAUAUGUUGCAAUAAAAAUAAGACAUGGUCGUUGACCUUUCGGUUUUAAGUUGGCAAUAUAGUUAGUGGUACCAAAAAAAAGUUGGCAAUAUAGUUAAUAAUAUGUGGUCAAAUGGUCAAUUAAUAUUUUACUAUAAAAAUUAAGAUACAAUUUUUUCUUUUGGAAAUUAGUUUUGACCUUAGCUUGACCAUAAUUUUUUUAUAUAUGUCCAUGCAGUUGUUUCCCCUUUCUUCAUCUUGAUCUUUUUCUCGAACUCUCUGAUCAGAAUUCUUUUUGUAUAAAACAUUUCUAAAGAAAUGGCCAAAGAAAUUGCUUUUGAUGUUACCGGAAACAAAAUCUCUAAUUCCAAUGGUGAUACUUUCAUUCUGCUAAUCGAUCAUGAAAUUGCAUCGAUCUCUCCUCUCACUUCAAUGCUUCAACAACUUUCCCACAAGGUGAUAAGUGUCAAUGUGGCAAGUGAGGCUGUAUCGAUGCUCAAAAAACAGAUGGAUAUCGUACUUGUCAUCGCCAACACUGAAAUGCCGCAUAUAGAUUCACAUUCCUUCUACACUUCUUUGCUGACCAGAGACAUUCCUUUAAUAUUGAUCAGUCCAGAGGGAAAGAAAGCUAAACCAUCAAACUCUUUGGAAAAAAGAGCGUGUUAUCUCCUAGAGAAGCCUAUUUCUGAAAAAGAUAUCAACAACAUGUUGCAGCAUGUCUUAUCUAAUAAGAGCCAAAAGUUAACAAAAAUCAGCAUACCUAAAAGUGGAGGGGGCAAUAAGGAGGAACGUAUAAAUCAGAUGAAAGCUUUCAGAGAAAACCUUAAGAGACAGUGUCCAUCAUCUUUUCUAGGAAAACCAUUGUUGAAAAAAUCAGCGUACCAAGAAAGAAGAAAUAUAGCAAAUGUUGAAAGGAAAAACAAAACUGUGUAUCCUGUUGAGUUUGAAAAUAAGAGAAAUGAAGGAAAUAAUAUAGAUAGUAACACAGGAAUACGCAACAAUUUCUGGACUUAUGAGCAUCAGAUGAAGUUCUUUUCUGCUGGCUCUAACUUGGGUGAAAAAGGUACGAUUUUUAUUUCAUUUUAUUCUCAUCCAAAAUCCUUAUUGGGGAUUAUUAAUGAUCGAACAUCGAAGAAUGAAUAUCCUUUCACAUUAUCCAACAUAGCAAAGAAUUUCUUUGCAGAUAAGAACCGGAUUAAGGAGAGGGAUACAAUGGCGCUAAAGUUUUAUCAAGGAACAAAAAUGGACUUAAGCCGUACCUCUUGGUUUGGUAAUAUACCAAACAGUUCAUCCAUGGAAGCAGAUCGUGUACCUGCGGCCACAAGUAACAUCCCACCUUGCAACAUUUCUCCCACUGAUACUGUUAGCCAUACCAAUCUGGUUUCAACUAGCUUAAACGAUAACAAUUUACUUGGCCAUUCUGGUUUGCCAUCAAGCGUUGGUGCAUCUAACUCAGGUAAUGCGACUCGUCUUGAAACCAACAUAGAAGAUAUAAGCCAAUUUCAACAAGAUGCAUGUUAUGAUAUUCCGAUUGAAGAUUUGAUUUCUUUUGACACUGACGUUCAUGAGAUGGACAUGCAGCAUGUGUUAGGAAAUAAUGGUUCUUCUGAGGUGAAUAUUUUGCCCAACACUCAUGUCGGCCAUGAGGAUUGACGACAAGUUUUAAAUGAUAUAUGUUUAUUAGUGAUAAAGAAUAAAAGAAUAAACCAAGACAAGUUUUAAAUGAUAUUGGACUUGUUUUAUAUAUUGCAAGUGCAUUUUACAUAAAUAAAAAACAAUAUAUUGCAUGAACAUUUUAUAUUCGUUUUAUAUGUCAAAAAUACAUAUCAUACUAGUGCAUGUGCAUUAUUUACAUAUAUAUAAUAACAAUGUAGAUUUCAUAAUUUCUUUAGACUCUCAGUAAUCUUCAGGUAAAUGCGUAUUCAAACACUUAGUUAUAAUUAUAUAUCUCAUUAACUUUGGUUUGUUCAUAUUUUAUGUUUUCUUGGUUGUAAUUUAGAACGGAUGAAGGCUA